AAUGGCCCAUUGUCGAAUUCUUUCUCCUUCUCCUUCCUCCUCGGGCGUUCACAGCGAUCGGUCGUCGCCAUUUCCUCUCACCAGGUUUUGUUUUCACUGUUUCUCGGGUUGUUCCUCACUGACGCUGAUGAAUUGAGCAUACUAUUUGGUUUCCAGUUCAUUCCUGAGAGUAUAAAAUCAACUUAGGGGAUAUUCAAUGACAAGACGACUACUGGGGGGUGGAGAUGAAAGUCCACUAGAAGCUGAAUACUGUGAGCAAAGAUAAUUUGUGACUGUUCGAGCGAGGAUUCAAGAAAUAACAGAAAUUGAAAACGCCGUGGAGGAUAAAAGUAAGGGGAAGGAUGUCUAAGUCUUGCAAAGGGUUAGCAAUGGAGCUGGUCAAAUGUCUUAGCGAAUCCGAUUGUGUAAAGGUUCAGAACCGAACUUACAGGGAAUGUGCUGGAGAGAAGAGUCCAUGCAUACCUAGCGAAUGUGUGGGAUUAAGGGAAACGUACUUCAACUGUAAAAGAGGCCAGGUUGACAUGAGGGCUCGGAUUCGGGGGAAUAAAGGUUAUUGAAUGAGAUGGAUGCUUUGGCCAAGUCCUGGAGCAAUUCUUUGCGAAGAAGUUUGAAUGCCUGGAAGGUUAUCAUCAGCAAUGACCUGUAAAAUCUUGCCCUUCUGCAUAUAUUCAAUAAUUUUCGGCUUUCGAUUUGUGUUCCCCUGAAGAGUCUUUCAAUAUUCUGCUUCAUGUAGCCAGUAGCCAAAUAUGUUGUCCUGAGUUAAUAUUCUUCCUUUGGGGGGGAGGAGGGUGUGUGUUGAGUUGUUGUGUUCUCUAAUUUUUUGAGAUUUUGACAAUGGUGGCUUUACCAUGGCUGUUCAGUGUUGAAGUUCUUUUUACCAUUACACAAUUCAUAUGCUAAAAGAAGGAAGGCACAUUUUCCCUAUGUUUGCCUUAUAGAAA